AUGGUCAAACGAUCUCGUAAUGAAUGCCCAGUAUUGUUAUCAAUUCCUGAUAGUUGGAACAAAGAAUGUUUAGAAAAAAUUGCACAUAUUUUUUUUGAAUCAUUUAAUGUUCCAGGUCUUUAUAUAACAAGUAAUGCAUUGAUGUCACUUUAUGGCUGUAAUAGCAUUACUGGUCUAGUGAUCGAUAUUGGUUAUGGUACAACAGAUGUGACACCAAUAUUUGAGUGA